CCAUUAAACUAGCCAUUAUUCACCACAGCUGUCUCAUUUUAUCAAGAAUUGUUGCCCAACAAUUUGUUGAACAGGCUUAAACAAAAGAGAAACUAUAAAUUUCUUGCAGUAACAGUUUAAAAUUACCAAAAACAUUAGCAAACGCAUACAUUUUACUCCAAAAACGAAUGUAAAAAUCUGUAUGCUCGCACUACGAACAGAUACAUCUCCUUUUGUUUACCACAACCGUUCAAUAUGUACAGAACUGAACCAUGCCUUACAAACCUGCACACAUUUUUUGUUUUCAUUGCCUGCAGACAUCUUUCGUGUAUUUUUUUCCAGACAAAAAUGGCAGAUCGCUCGUAUCGAUUGUGCUAUUUUCCGAAAUAAAAUCGUGCAUAAUUCAACUAAAAAUACAUAAAUGCCUAGUCGAAACUUGCGCAAGAGUAAACGGCACAAUGUUGUGUUAAAAGUAAGUGUUAAACUCGUGUUAUCGGUGUAAAAACUGGGGAAACUCUUGCACAGUGACUAACAGCAUAGGAAGUGUUUGUGUUAAUUGUCCAAAACACCGCAACACUGAACGGUACACUUGGUACAUCAGUUGGCUGGAAAACUAGAGCAGCACCCCAGAUACGGCAAUUUCACUGCAACACACAUUCUCGAACGAACGUGCCAAUGUCGCAGAGUGCACCGAGACGGCAUCCUCCCAGUGGAAAUGUCGAGGUUAGCAGCAUGGCGGCAAAGUUUGUUGACACCGAAUGGGAGGCACGGGAGUCCCAACGACAGCGCGAACUGGAAGAGGCUCGCGCAAGGGCUGCGCAGAUGGAAAAGACGAUGAAAUGGUGGUCCGACUGUACGGCAAAUUGGCGCGAAAAAUGGAGUAAGGUGCGAACCGAACGUAACAAAGCCCGUGAUGAGGCGAAACAGCUGCGCAGCAAUCUUGAGGCUGCCAUCAAAGAAUCAAACUCGUACAAGCGUGAAAAAUGCGAACUGGAAAUGCAAAUUACGCAGCUGAAGAAAGAGAUGGAAAAGGUGCAUACGCUCAUGAUGAAGCAUGCGGGCCGUUUCAACAAAGCAUCCCUGGACGCAGCGGACGAACCAGAUCGGGAUGGGCGAGGUGACAACAACUGCUCACCGGACAUAUCUUCCGAUGGGUUGAAAAAUGUCAACAGUGAGGAUGGUUUGGUGACGAAGCUACCAAACCUACCGGACGAUGGAUCCGGGGCCGGGCUGCUGGCAACCAAUGCGAAUGCCGAUCUCGAUAUCGAAGAGUACAUCCUGCAGGGUGGCGCCAUGCCGAAACAUUCCGUAGAGUUUAAGGACAAGAGCGAACAGAUGGCCGAAGAGCGUCGCCUUAUACAGCAGCUCUCCAAGGACGAUUACGACGAGGACUAUCUGUUGCAGAAGAUUACCAUGCUGCAGCUCCGUCUGGACGAUGCACAGAAAACGAUCCAGAUUGAGCGCGAGGAGAAAAAUGUCGUUCACCGCAGUCUGGAGAAGGCCCGGCAGGACAUGCAGGAACUGCGCGACAAGUGUGAGGAAUUGCGCGCGGCCAAACAGGAUGCAGUGCGCGAGCUGCUGACGCUGCAGGAGCAGCACCGGGUGGAGAUGCGCAUCACGCACAAUUCGCUGCAGGAAGAGAUAGCUGCCCGGGAAACGCUCGAGCGACGGUUGUGCGAGCUGCGCACGGAGUUGGAACGACUGCAGGCCGAGAAUGCGGCCGAAUGGGGCAAGCGGGAACGGCUCGAGACGGAAAAGCUCAACAUGGAGCGGGAAACCAAAAAGCUGCGUGCCGAAUGUCAAGAUUUGCAGGAACGGCUCGAACGCAAGGGCCGCCCGCUCGUUAACAGUGACGUGGAGCUUCGCUCGCUGCAGCAAGAGCUGCUCGAUAAGAAUAAGGAGCUUAGUGACAUUCGCCAUUCGCACAGCAAGAUGAAAAAGAUGCUUUCCGAGGCAAACACCGAACUUGGGCACGCCGUCCGACGGGCGGAACAGUACGAAACGGAAGUGAAACGAUUGCGUUCACGUGUGGAAGAGCUAAAGCAUGAGCUAGCGUCCGCCGAGGAUGAGCUUGAUGCGGCCUGCAAUCAUGUGCGCCGGUUGCAGCGCACUAACGAAGAGCUGAGCGGCCAGACUGAAGGUUUACAGGUGCAGAUACAGCAUCUACAAACAAGUGGUAGUCCCAAGCAGCAGCAACAUCAUGACGUGGGCAACUAUAAAGCCACGAACCGAUCGAACUAUACUGCCAACGUGAGCUACAAGCCAAACAUCAACGAUCUCAAGCAACUGUUUGAUAAUUCUGCUUCGCGCCCAUUUGCCGACCGUGGCGAUCGUGGUGGACCAUCCAAAAUGUCCGGCCUACCAGUGCGUGAACAGCCAGCUUCACUGACGUCCAGCAUUAAUCCGCAACCGCCGUCAUACAUACCGCUAUCGUCCGGUUCCUAUUACGAUGCCAAACCGAGCUACAUCGAUCACGAUGCGCCGUCACCACCAUCGCUCAACAACAACAAGUACGAAUUCGAACGUGCCAAGCAGAAGUUCGACAACAUAACGCGUGCUGCAGCGGCCGCUAGCAGUGCCGGUGGACACAAAUCACGCAGUUCCGGUGGUGGUAAUGGUGCAGCAUCGAAGCAACACAACUCUGGCGGUAGUUCGGCUAUACCAAAGCGAAACGCAGGUGGUUCUUCCGCUGGUGCAACGGGUUCUUCGUACUACGAACCGAACGUAUUCCCCGGUAAUGGAGGUGCCGGAGAGGUACGGAACGGUCGUGGUGCACAGCAUGCAGCCGGUUGCGAUGAUAUGCCCCCGACCAAGAAUCAGAGUCACAUCAACGAAACCAUACAGCUGUUCGAUGUCAGCCCGGGAGCGUACGAUCAAUCGCCGGGUGCAAAUACGGGCCCGCCGAGAGGUGUCGGGCAACCGCUCAAACCAAUAAACAUUGGCAAAAUGAACGAUGUCAAUCUGGAUGGGUUAAAGGUAUCGGAGGAUGAUGAAGUGAGUAGCAAUCCACCCGUCCGUUAGCUUGGUACCGCUGAUGUACCGGCUUGCGACGGAACCGUUGGAUGUGUGGUUUGCGAUUGUGAAGCUGCCCUUUUUGUAGAUGAUUCGAGUGUGCGUGUUUCGGUAGAUAUAGUUUGGUCUAUGUUUUCGAUAGUGCAUGGUAGUUUUUCGGUUUUCUUUCGUACUGAAUACUUUCCUUGUUCCAUGGUGUGUGAUUUUUUGUUUUCGCUUACUAAUGAGAUACCAUCUUCCUUAUCUCAACUUCCCUGCAGACUCCGUAGCUCACAUGGAUCCACCAGCCUUCUUUCGGCCAACGAAGAUAAUAGCGAUAAUGAAUGAUUGGCGAAAAGAACUCGCAAUCGCCGCGUGGACACAACGAUAUACAUUUUCUCAGGCAUGCGUAACAUGGUACAGGAUAUAAAACGUCCCUCCAGUGUUUUUGGGGGCCAUAGUACUCAACCGGUGGGAAGUAGCUCUUUAGGUGUGUGACAACCCUAUCAUUGGUAUCUCAAUUGCUCUCUGAACGGUACAGAUUGUUGGUAAAGACGCAAACACUCCAUUAGUCGUAUCCGAAACCAACAGGUUCGAUGUAACUCAUAAUACUCAGAUAAUAGAUUCAGUACUUACGUAGAGUAACGUAAAAGUAUUAUCCAUACAAACGAUUAUUCCUCAUCAGUUCUUUGUUGUUUUUCUUUUUCUAUCUUAUGACGAAGAUAUAUUAAACCCCUCCAGAAUAUAGUACAACCACAAGCUAAGAACCGGUCUCCAGAAACGGAUAAGUAUUGCAGGCAUUCAUUAGAGCAUAAAGCGUUCACUUAACAAACUGUAAGUUUUUAAUUCUUUCGGUACCAAAAAAAACAAUCAAAAUUCAUUCUCUUUUAGUGUAGUGGGGUUUGUUACAAUUCUACUGUGAAGUACGAUAUAAGUGAAGAGAGAUUAUUACAAAUAUAGCAUAUCUCGUGUAUUGGUAUAAAAUCGGUUGACAAACCGAUUUGCUGUAGAAGAGUGACAGAUUUGACGUGUUAGAAUUAUAGUUUAUCAUAUUCUUAUAAAUAUAGAUUCCUAAUAUAUGUACCUCAUAA